CGCGCAGACGGUCGAGAGUGGCCGACAUGGCAACCGGGCGCUCGCUUCUCCCGAGCCUGUGUGGCGCCAUCGCCCGGGCGACGGCCGGACCGCUGGGGACCAAGAUGGCCGUCGCCAGGACGCUGAGCCAGGGCCACGACGACCUCGUCGUCCCGAAGGAGGAGGUCGUCCGCUUCGUCGCCGAUUGCCUCCGCAAGGUCGGCGCGAGUCCCCGGGACGCCGACGUCGUGGGCCACCACCUGAUGACCGCCGACUACCGCGGCCAUUUUAGCCACGGCAUGAACAGGGUCUUCAUGUACGUCAAGGACGUCCAGAAGAAAGUCACCGACCCCGCCGGUCGGCCAGAGGUCGUCGUCGACUUCCAGGCGAUAGCAGUGGUGGAUGGAAAAAACGGGAUGGGCCAAGUGAUAGGGAAGUUCUGCAUGGAGCUGGCCAUAGAAAAGGCGAAAAAGUUCGGAAUAGGUAUGGUGGCAGCCAGAGGGUCUAAUCAUUACGGAAUCUGCGGUUACUACUCUCUUCUGGCCAUGGAACGCAAAAUGUUGGGGUUCACGUGCACGAACACGAGUCCCUUGAUGGCUCCCGCGAGGAGCACGAAAGCAGCUCUGGGCACGAAUCCGAUGUCGCUGGGAAUGGGAACGGACCGGGACCAGUUCGUGCUGGACAUGGCCACCACGGCCGUAGCUUUGGGGAAGAUACAACUGGCAAUUCGAAAGGAACAAGACAUUCCGGAAGGUUGGGCCCUGGACCCGGCAGGAAGGACCACCACGGACGCCAAAUUGGCCUAUCGAACGAAAAUGCUGAUGCCCCUCGGUGGAGCGGAAGAGAACUCUGGCUACAAAGGUUUUGGCUUGGCCCUUCUCGUAGAAGUGUUGUGCGGAGUCCUCGGCGGAAGCAGUUACGGCCCCAACAUCAGACUCUGGGACACGGGAGACAAGGUGGCCAAUUUGGGGCACUGCUUCAUCGCCGUCAAUCCGGAAGCGUUCGGCCCAGGGCACCGACGGAGGUUGGAUCAUCUGCUCCAACAGCUCAGGGAUCUUCCCAACACGGGGAAGAGGGUCAUGGUCGCCGGGGAUCCGGAGAGACAGGCCAUGGCCAAAGUGGACAGAGACGGGGGGAUUUCCUAUCACGAGAAUCAGAUCGAGGAGUCCAGGGAGAUGGCGAAGAACUUGGGGGUUCGGGAGAUGGGACUCGUUAGAAGGGGUGGCGGGGAUGCGUCUACUGGGAAGUCGAAGCUUUGACAUUUUUUCGGCACGUCUUCAUCGGCGCAGAUAUUCCGGGUCGCUCCGAUGCUGGAAAGGCUCCUUGGGUUGGUCCUCUUCCGGUGGCGGGUCUACGUCAAAUAUUUUGUAAUCUUAUAAUCUAAUCUUAGCUGCGAUGCCAAGUAAAUAUCAUGUGAUCGGUAAAGCAACGUUGCGAUCGGGUUUUCCCGUGUAAUUCAAUAAUUCGUUGGAAACGCGAGUCGCGCGAUGACGCAACGGGCGCGGUACCGAUGGUCAACCUAAGAUGGCGACCUUGACUCACCUCGUCGGAUCGAGGCGAAUCAUCGAUCGUUGGGUUCAUUUAUUUUUCCCUGCCCCUUUUGGAGCUUUCCCGAUUGAUUUUUCACUUUCCUUCUCUGGGAAGUUUUCGACCUGCGGUUUCUUGCACAACUCUUCUCAUCCAUUUUGAAUGGAAAUUGGAUGCUUAAUGCGAAAUACUGCGGAACAAUGGACGACAAUUGGUCAUUUUCAGCCGACUGUCCGAUCCGAGUUAAAAAGAAGUAGUUAAAAAUGCGCGUUCCUUGCGCGAGAAAAGGAAAAUGGCGGCCCGAUAUUUCUGGAGAAUUGGCCUAUCGCGGGGGCAGACGUAGCGUCUGCCACCGAUAACCUUGUUUACCGGCUUCUUCUUCUCCGGCUGAAAGAAGGGGGAAAGACCCUCCCCUCUUCCCGUAGUCCGUGGUCGAUCACGUUUAAAUUACGUUUCACUGGGGUGUAAACGUCCUUUAGCGUAUACGUGAACACGUUAAUACUUCGAAGGACUGAUUAAUUUGACGUAUUCGCGAGAAUUUUCCUAGUUUCCUGUUUCUCGAGAGGAAUCUAGUCUACCAGGCCUCCUUUGAGCGAUGUAAUAGCUACGCCUCGGUGAAGGACGCGCAAAGAGUGUAAAUGUUUCAGAGGAGCCUGUGCGCUCGUUCUAACCUCCAAAGUGGAAUACGCGCAUUAGCAUUGCUUAACGCCUUGCGUACGGCAUUAGCAUAAUUUACUGUGCAAUCGUCCGAUCGCGAGUGCACUUGACAGUCACGUGACAGCGAUUCAAUAAAUCCAGGAAGAAAGUUCUGCAACCGUCUCCGUACUUUCAACAUUUCCUUUCAAUUAUAUUUAAGCCAUUUAAUGUAAAAUCUCUAUUUCAGCGAGGAUCGCGUUCAAUUUUGUAUUUUUGAUUUUUAACGGUAAUUGUUUUAGAGAAGUAAGGGGUAGUUCAAUUUUAAGGUUAUUGGUUAAUAGGAAAUAUCGGACAUGUUAUUUUACGGUGUAGUAGGUUUAUACAUGUGUAACGAGUGCAAUGACUUGAUCGGUACUUUUGCCUGCCCAUUAGAUCGGAUGUGCAUUAACUGGUCACGUGAAAGCUUGGACAAUAUUUAAUGGGGGCAAAAUUCUCUCAAUACGGGAGGAAUUACCCUCUAUCACGUAAAAGCUGUUGAAAUGUCAAUUUCCAAUAGUUGGAUGUAUCGCCAACUUUCCUCGGGCGACGCUUGCGGCGCCUAUAGUUGGAAUCUUUGAUCGGUCACGCGAAAAAUCUUGGCACGCUUUUAACAAGCUGACACUAGUGCGUACAGUCGUAGGGAAAAGUACCGAUAAAUUCAGCUCACUGACAUUCGCAUCCGCAUUCUGCAUCGCAAGAAAGAAAGUUCGAAAUGCCUCCGGCCUUUUUGCGUCCGUAAAAUCGGAAGAAACGCAGCGGUAUCUCGAUAGCUAGUAUGUAGAAAGAGAAAUCCUUUAAUUAAAAACACGGCACACUUGCACGGCAUAGUGCAUGGGAAAUGAAUUGAAUUUACCUCCGGUGUGGUUAUUUCAUUAUUUCUUUAAUAAAUUGCGUCUAUAAUUUUCCUCAUUUUUUCUGUUUCUUCUUUUUCUUCUUUUUCUUUCGGCGACACGUAUCACUUCGAGUAGAAUAAUCGCGCGAGGCGGAAGGUGAAGGCUUAAUUUCCGUGCGACAAUAGGCGGCAUUUUACGACGAGACUAAACAGGAAAGAAGCUUAAUUGGACAAACGACCUGGCCGAAAUGCAAUCGCACGCUCGAUGUGCAUUCGAGCUGGAUGAUUCAUAGCUGUUUGAUGUCGCGCAUUAACUAAUUCACUAGUCUAAUUCCACGUGGGGUCAUGGAACCUAUCUUGACAUCCGUGGAACUAGCCGAGGAAAGGGUUCGAGAGCCGCUCGGCUCGAACAAAUAUCCAAACAAACUAGGUGCAGUACUCGGGAGGCGCGUGAUUCAAACGAGGUAUCCAUCUCUCCAUUAUUUCAACUGCACAUUUAAUAAAUCGAAAUAAAUCUCCA